AUGGACGCUGUUUGUGUGGCAAAAGUCGCUGAAGCAGGAUAAUGCCACGUAACAGGGGGCAGUGAACUGGAGGGAAUGCGUGCCAGCCCGGCAGCAAGCAGGCGCGGAGAUCGGUGUGCCCGUGCUGCAGAUGCUUGUGUGCAUAUAUGUGUGUGCACGUGGCUGUGUCCGGGUGUGACAGUGUGCAUCACAGAAUGACUUGAGUUAGCAGGGACCUUAAAGACCAUCUGGUUCCAGCUGUGCACAGAGCUGCCACCCACUACAUGCCUGUGCCUCUGCGUGUGUGCAUGCGUCUCUGCGAGCUCCACACGGAGGUGUGCGUGCAUCAACCCGAGCGUACAUGCACGCGUGUAUACAUUUGCACGUGGAUGCCUGCACGUGCAUGCGCGACACGCGCACGUGUGCACGCACAUGCGAGCACGCACGUACACAUUUACACCAGCGCGGCCCCUUGCACAACCACGCACACGAGCCCGUGCGAUCCCCCGCCGCCCCGCUCCGCUCCCCAGCUCCGGGCUCCGCCUCCCCGCUCCGUACCCCGGCCCGAGCGCGGCCGAGCGACGGCACCAGCGGCGGGCGGACCCCGGCCGCUCCCCGUCACCCGCCCCGGGCAGUCCCAGCGCCGCCCCCGCCGCCUCCUCCUCCUCCUCCUCCUCCUCCUCCUCCUCCUCCUCCUCCUCCUCCUCCUCCUCCUCCACCGCCGCCGCCGCCGCUGCUGCGGCCGCACAAAAGGCGGCGGGGAGGGAGGGAGGCCCGGCGGGAAGGGCAGCCUCGGCCGCCCGCACCAUGCCCCGCCGAGGGGGGCUGCCGGCCCCCGCCGCCGCCCGCCGGCCCCCCCCGCUCCUCCGCCUCCUCCUCCGCCUCCUCCUCCUGGCCGCCCCGCUGCAGCCCGGCAGAGGUCUCAACCUGUGCACGAGUGGAAGUGCCUCAUCCUGCGAAGAGUGUCUCCUCAUCCAUCCCAAGUGUGCUUGGUGCUCCAAAGAGGAGUUUGGCAGCACGAAGUCCGUCCCAUCGCGGUGUGACUUCCUGCAGAACCUCAUUGCCAACGGUUGUGCCGGCGCCAUCGAGAACCCACGCAGCAGCAGCAGCGUGAUGAAGAACAUCCCCUUAAGCAGCAAGGGCUCUGGGCAAAGCCAUCUGGAUGUCACACAGAUCACUCCGCAGAAGGUCACCCUGAGUCUUCGUCCUGGUGACAGGACCUCCUUCCGAGUUCAGGUCCGGCAAGUGGAGGACUAUCCUGUGGACCUGUACUACCUGAUGGAUCUCUCCCUGUCCAUGAAUGACGACCUGGACAAUAUUCGCAAUCUGGGGACAAAGCUGGCUGAAGAGAUGCGGAAGCUCACUAGCAAUUUCCGGCUGGGCUUUGGCUCUUUUGUGGACAAAAACAUUUCUCCUUUCUCCUACACAGCACCGAGAUACCAAAACAAUCCCUGCAUUGGGUAUAAGCUGUUCCCGAGCUGUGUCCCUUCAUUUGGUUUCCGCCAUCUCUUGUCCCUGACGGACAAAGUCGACCGUUUCAAUGAAGAAGUGCAGAAGCAGAAGGUGUCCCGGAACCGGGAUGCACCAGAGGGUGGUUUUGAUGCAAUUUUGCAGGCUGCUGUGUGCAAGGAGAAGAUCGGCUGGCGGAAGGAAGCAUCCCACCUGCUGGUCUUCACCACGGAUGAUGUGCCCCACAUAGCUCUGGAUGGGAAGCUGGGGGGGCUGGUGCAGCCCCACGAUGGCCAGUGCCACCUGAACGAGGCCAAUGAGUACAGCGCGUCCAGCCAGCUGGAUUAUCCUUCCCUGGCACUCCUUGGGGAGAAACUGGCUGAAAACAACAUCCACCUGAUUUUUGCUGUUACAAAAAGCCAUUAUGUCCUGUACAAGAACUUCACUGCCUUGAUUCCUGGGACCACGGUGGAGAUUUUGCACAAGGACUCCAAGAAUAUCAUCGAGCUGAUUGUCAAGGCCUACAACAGCAUUCGAUCCAAAGUAGAACUCACUGUCUGGGACAGCCCUGAGGACAUUGGCUUGACCUUCACUGCCACCUGCCAGGAUGGAUUGUCCUACCCUGGGCUCAGAAAAUGUGGGGAUCUCAAGAUAGGAGAUACGGUUUCCUUUGAGGUGUCGGUGGAGGCCCGUGGCUGCCCUGCUGAGGACACCUCCCAUGUCUUCACCAUCAAGCCAGCUGGCUUCCGUGAUACACUGGAAGUGAACGUCACCUACAACUGCCUCUGCGGCUGCACCGGUCAUGCGGAGCCAUCCAGCAGCAAGUGCAGCAGCAAUGGGACCUAUGCCUGCGGGCUGUGCGAGUGCGAUGCCGGCUACCUGGGGGCCCGCUGCGAGUGUGAGGAGGGGGCCGGCGGGGAGACCCAGCCUGGGCUGUGCCGUGAGGUGGAGGGAAAGCCCGUCUGCAGCGGGCGGGGGGAGUGCAGCUGCAACCAGUGUGUGUGCUAUGAGAGCGAGUUCGGGAACAUCUACGGGCCCUUCUGUGAGUGUGACGACUUCUCCUGCGCCCGAUACAAGGGAGUCCUCUGCUCAGGCCAUGGGGAGUGUCACUGUGGGGAGUGCAAGUGCCACACGGGCUACAUCGGGGACAACUGCAACUGUUCCACCGAGACCGCCGGCUGCGUCUCCAGCGAUGGGCAGAUGUGCAGCGGCCGCGGCAACUGCAUCUGUGGGAGGUGCCAGUGCACCGAGCCUGGGGCGUUCGGGGAGACCUGUGAGAAGUGUCCCACCUGCCCAGGGGUCUGCAGCACCAAAAGGGACUGCAUUGAAUGCAAGCUGUUUAACUCAGGAAGACUGGAUAACCAAACCUGCCAAAAGCACUGCAAGGAUGAGCUCAUCACCACUGUGGAUGUUCUCAAAACGGAUGACCCCAAUGCAAUCCUGUGUGCCUACCCGGUGAACAACUGUGUCAUGAAGUUCACCUACUCGGAGCUUGCCAAUGGGAAGUCCAACCUCACCGUCCUCAAGGAGCCAGCAUGCAGCUCAGCCCCCAGUGCUGUGACCAUCGUGCUGGCUGUCAUUGGCAGCGUGGUGCUGAUUGGCACCAUCCUGCUGGGUCUCUGGAAGCUGCUCGUCACCAUUCAUGACAGGAGGGAGUUUGACCGAUUCCAGAGCGAACGCACCCGGGCGAGAUAUGAAAUGGCAUCCAAUCCUCUCUACCGAAAGCCCAUUUCUACGCAUAAUGUAGAGUUCACAUUCAACAAGCUCAACAAAUCUUACAAUGGUACAGUUGACUGAUCAGGUCUCAGCACGAGGGACCGCUGUGGACAAUUGCUUGACUGUAUUUGCUGCUUCUCAACUUGAAGAUGGGAUCCUCUUCAGGGAAGAAAAUACUUUACAACAGGACUGGUCGAUGACACGAGCCUGUUAUUUGCACAGUAAGGAGAAAAGCAGCGUGUGCUGUCUGAUCUGGGACAUGCCGAUGCCAUGGCAGGCUCACCAGCUGUGCUUGUGGAUUCUGAGCCCUGUGACUCCACAGCCCAGGUUUCUGGAUCUAUGAAACCUGCCAACGAAGAGAACCAAGUGCCACAUUGCAGCUUUAGACAUAUCCCAUCCCACUAUAAAGGGUGAGUAGGCCAAAAUCAGGGGAAGUCACGGCAUUGCAGGUUGGGAGGGGGGAAUUAGCUUAAAAAGAGGAGGGUGUUGGAAGCAUUUGUGUAAGAAAUUAGGAUACAUGAGUUCUGCAGUCUUUAGAAUUUUUUUUUUAUAUAAAAACAAAAUAAAACUAUUGUGCAUA